CACCCCGCUCGCCGAAUCCACCAUGCCCGUCCCCUGGGAGGCCGUCCUGCCCUUUGGUCUUGUGACCAUCAUGUUCGGUGCCACCGGCACCAUCUUCAACAUCAUCCAGCGCGGCCGCAACGACUGGAAGCCUCCCCGCUACGGCAUCGACCGCUGGGACAACAUCAUGAUGGAGCGUGACCGCCGGUUGACAGGGUCCAAGCGCGGACAGCGUACGGACCCAAUCGCACCACCCGAGUUCGCGACCAACUCGGUGUGGACGACGGAGAGAAUUUAAGUCGCAUAACAAUCGACAUGCAUAGGUUUCGGCAGCCGCGCGAGGGGCGGAGACGAGACGAGAGGCUGUGAAAGGUGGCAGGGCGUACGAGCGUCGUUGGACGGCGGCGCGGUGGGCGCGAGAUCCUGACCGCCAAGGACAGCGAGCAGGGCUCCAGUAUGCCGUGCAACACCGGUAUGUGACUGCCUGCGUUGCCUGCCUUCCAGCUUCCAGACCUCCACUGGGGUUGGUGUGUGCGCGUGAUUGUGAGCAGUGGAGGAUGCGUCUCAAGUCAUUCUGUGUACAUUGCGCUCCGGAGUGCGCAUACGGCGAGCGCCAGGAAUGAUUCCUGUCUGCGAAGCUGCCAUGUGCUUCACUGCCGCGCCACCAACUGCGGCCAGGUGCUUAGCGUGAACGACAGGGCGG